AUGGAUCCAUUCUGCGACCUGUAUGCGACCCCUGGGCACAGUCUAGACCGCUUCCUGGAACACAGCCUUCAGCCCCAGAGGGACUGGAAAGAAGAAGGGCAGGAUGCCUGGAAUAGAAUCGAGAGGUUCUUUCAGGAACAGUGCUUCCGUGAUGAGCUGCUCCUGGACCAAGAAGUCCGGGUGCUUAAAGUAGUGAAGGGAGGCUCCUCUGGAAAGGGGACAACGCUGAACCACAGAUCUGACCAAGACAUGAUUCUGUUCCUAAACUGCUUUUCCAGUUUCAAACAGCAGGCGAGAAACCGGGAGGCCAUCAUCGACUUCAUUAAGAAGAAACUGAUAAGUUGUAGCAGAAGCCUGGCUUACAAUAUCACUGUCUUUAAACACAAAGAGGGCAACAGGACCCCUCGCUCCCUCACGCUAAAGAUCCAGUCCAGAAAGACUGAUGGCAUUAUUUUGAUGGAUAUUCUUCCGGCUUACGAUGCUUUGGGACCUAUUUCCAGAGACGAGAAACCAGCACCAAAAAUCUAUGAGACUCUGAUAAGAAGUAAGGGCUACCCUGGCGACUUCUCGCCAAGCUUCACAGAGUUACAGAGACAUUUUGUGAAAAGCCGCCCUGUUAAACUGAAGAACCUCCUACGGUUGGUGAAGUUCUGGUACCUGAAGUACCUCAGAUAUAAAUAUGGAAGGGCACAAUUGCCCUCAAAAUAUGCACUAGAGCUGCUAACCAUCUACGCCUGGGAAAUGGGUACAAAUAGCAGUGAUAGCUUCGAUCUGGACGAAGGGUUUGUAGCCGUGAUAGACCUCCUCAGGGACUAUCAAGACAUCUGCAUCUACUGGACCAAGUACUAUGAUUUCCAAAACGAGGUCGUCAGGAACUUCCUGAAGAAACAGUUGAAGGGAGACCGGCCCAUUAUCCUAGACCCAGCUGACCCCAACAACAACCUAGGGAGGAGAAACGGAUGGGACCUGGUGGCCACAGAAGCUGCUUACUGCCUGCAUCAGGUCUGUUGCCUGACUGCAGACCCCAGAAGGAGCUGGAAUGUACAGCGAGCGAGGGACAUUCAGGUGACAGUGAAGCAAACGGAAAUGGAAGACUGGACGCUCUGGACGAACCCCUACAGCCCCAUCAGGAAGAUGAAAGCAGAGAUCAGGAGGGAAUUGAACCUCUGCGGGGAGCUACGCAUCUCCUUCCAGGAACCGAGAGGGGAGAGGCAGCUGCUUAGCAGCCGGAAGACCCUGUCGGAUUAUGGGAUAUUCUCUAAGGUGAACAUCCGGGUGCUGGAGACCUUCCCUCCUGAGAUCCUGGUCUUUGUGAAGUAUCCCGGUGGCCAGAGCAAGCCUUUUGCCAUCCACCCUGAUAAUACGAUCUUAGACCUGAAAGAGAAAAUCGAAGAUGCCGGAGGCCCUUGUACUGAGGAUCAGGUGCUACUGUGGGGGGAUGAGGAGCUGGAAGAUGACGAUGGCCUGGCGGAGCUUGAGAUCAAAGACUGUGACACCAUCGAGCUCAGUAGAGUGAGCUAAUCUGGCUGCUCAUGUCAGUGCCUAUAAUCUAUGGCUCCCCACCUCAUCCCUAGACCUCAACCUGUCCUUUCUAUAGCUUAAAUAUCAACAUCUCCUCUUGCUUAAAACCCUCCUGUGUUUUCCCAUAAUACAGAAUGAAGCUCGAGUUUCUUUCCCUAAUAGUCAGGGUCUUUAAUACAAUCAAGCUGAGCCCUUCCUAGU